AAAAGCAACCAUACCUUUUUCGAAACGCUUAAAAAACGCUUUUACUUUGUUAAAAAAAUUACCGAUGCUAACCAAAACCUAAGCUUACCUUUUCGUUUAAACGGCGAUAGCGUAAAACUAUUAAAAAAUGUUUUAAAUAAUUUCCAAUGUUAUAGCGCUAGCAAUUUUGCGCUGGAUGCGCUUUUGGAUAACGGCUUAACGUUUAUAGCGCGCAAAUUGUUCGGCCGAUAUGGUAUAAAAGGAUUUAGCCUUUUGGAUAGCUUUGCGGGCGCGAAAUUAAGCUUUAGUAAGCUUUUUAAAAAAUUCCGGUAUUAUUUUAAGCAAUCGUUUAUAAACGUUUUAAUAUGCUUAACGACCAAAACAACGGCUACAAAAUACCGUACGCUCCGUAUAAUUGUUUUUAAAAAGGGGCAAAUAAAUAAAGUUCCAAUUAUCGCUUUAUUAAAAAUCGAUAACCUUUUGCAACGGGAACGCGUUGCAAAUAUUUAUAUAAAGCAAAAAAAAGGUAAUGUUCGUUUCGGGGGCAGGUUUAUUAAAAUCGAAAGCGUUGCGGCGGCGUUCGUUACGCGCUUUACGCUUUUUUUCGGCGAAGGUUUUUUUGCCGCAGCGAUUAAAGCCCGCCGGAAAGUUACCGGCAAAACGUUUGCGGGAAUUUUAAAAGGUUGCAAGCGCAAAAGGGCCCGAUAA